UGUCACCAGUAUUGUGGCAACACCAACUGCCAUUGGGGCAUCUGUUCAUUGCCUAAAGGUUUCACUUGCAGCCAUGCUGGCAAGACUGAGCAGGCUCCUUGGGAGACGGAAGGCAGAACAUAACGAGACUAGAGAGAGGAGGAAGGAAGCUGGCCUUCAUUCUCAGAGCCACACAUCAAGAAAUAAAUGGUUCUGGGGAAAGCGCAGGACUACUGGAAAGGCAUCAACUCCAACCUCCCUCACUGAGCAAGAACAGCAGAUGAACAAGGUGGCUAAACUGACCCGUCAGCUACAGAUGAUGACCAAUGAAAGGAAUGAACUCUCUAUAAUCCUGGCCAAUUUCACCAACAAUGAUUUGAACAACAGGCUCAAUUUCGAGCUGGAGGUGCUGAAUAUGGAACAUAAAAAAGUGAUGGUGGACCUGGAGAAAUUCCCUAAUGAGAUAAGUGAGGCCUUGAACAAGUGCAAGGAGUUGACAGAGGAAACUGUCUCCUGCAGCAUCCUUCACAGCCAGCUCCUCAGUGAGUGGACUCAUCUGAAGGAAAAAGUGAGCAUCUUGAGAGAGGAGAACCGAAAGCUGAGGGGGGAGCAGAUUUCACUACAAGAGUCCUGUGAGGAGAUGAGGAGGCUCUGUGGGGAGGCCCAUGAGAAGAUCUAUGACCUCUGGGCUAAGGAAAAGCAGCACCACUUAAGAGAACUCCACUCUAGCAUCAACACCUCCUCAACAAAAGACAUCUUGUAGCUGUGAACUAACCAGUGAGGAAAAUCCCAACCUACCAGCAAGGGAUCCAUGUGUCCCUUGGUGCAUUAUUCCAGGAGAAAAUAAAUCAUCAGAAAGAAGCUUGAGCAACAGAGGACCUGCCAAGAUUACUCAGAACCCAGCCAUCUAUUAACAAGUGGUCCUCAAACGGGGCACAGCAGCAUGGGGAGGGUAUGUUGGUGAGCCAGAGUUACUCUGUCAGUGUACUCUCCAUGUCUUUAGUAAGCUGUCUGUGUCCUCCACAUGUGGUGAGAAACCUGACAAGAAAGCCUGCAUGGCUGUCAUGCUGUUAUCUAUACAUACCACAUGGAGAAGAAUAGGAUUCCCUCGCCAGAGCAAUGCUGAAGCCAACUCCAUGUCACGCGAAAGUGUUGCUGAAGAUGAUGCACUGCAGAGACUACAGCACUCCCUCACACCUAUGUGAGUCAGUCAUUGGGUCUUCCAUAAAGAAAAUGACUAAGGAUUCUCCAGCUUCGCAGCCUGGACUGGCAUGACUGGUCCUGAGAAAGAACUUAGAGAGGAGGUCUGAGUCAUCUUUGUGCUUUGGAAAGCCAAAUGUACUCCAUUGGUUUGUUGGGUCUAGGGUAGAAGAAGAUUUGUAGCUUAAGUUUUUGCAGAGGUCUUUUCUUUGCUGGGGUUUUGUUUGCUUGGUGUUUUUAGUUUAGUUUAGUUAGAAAUUUUGUUAUUUUUUCUUAAUUCUUUUAUUCUUGUCAGUUUUUUAAUAGUUGGCUAAAUAUAUACACUGCAUUUACUGACUGCCUUUUUAAAAGUCCCCACUGAAGACUUUUUAUGAAUAAAAAAGCAAUUUCCAACUCUUCACUUU